CCUUCCCCAGGAACAAACCUGGGAACAUUGUGCCUUCUGCUCUCUGUGAAGAGAGCUGCAGCUACAGAUCAGUUUUGAAAGCAAAAUGGUGCACGCACAAGAAAGCAUUUACAACAAGAUAGCAAUUUCAUGUCUGGCACUACCUAACAAACAAAAACCGCACAAUCCAGGAAAAACUUUUAUAGCAAAACAGCGACACCCGCUGCUGGACAUCACAGUUGCACCCUUAUGCUCCUCGAAAAUAAAGCGAAGGUGAAAACGCCAGGAAGGGGGAAGCUGGACUCACACGGGGCUCGCGAACCUUCUCCCUUGCAUCGCUUCCACGAAUCUCAGGUUGCGGUCUCAACACAGGGCUGCCCCCAAGGGCCGUGGUCAUUCAGAAGGGAGACACGGGCGGAGGGAGGAAGGGUGUCAUGGUGUCACCGCCUCCUCGCCUCGCGUGCCCCGCUGCCUCCCCUGGGCGCAGCGACACAGACGGGAGGGCGAGCGGCGGGCGCGGGAUCAGGGUGGGGUUUCUCCGUACCCGCAGCGUUGAAGCGCCAGGAUGCUCCGCGCCAGGGACUGCAGCCCCGGCCAGAGCGUGCUGCAGCUGGAGAGAGGGGUGCGCGGACGUGACUGUGACACUCGGGAGCUGCUGGCCGUGGGGCCCAGCGCCGCCGGGGAGGAGGAGCUCUUCAAAACCAAGAACUUCGGCAGCAUCAUUCGCCAGCUCAACCUAUACGGGUUCCACAAGCUGACGGUGAGUCCGGGCAGCAGCGCGGUCGGGUCCAAGCCGAGGCCGGCCACGGCGGGGGGCGAUACCAGCCACGCUGGUGGGCCCCUGCACCACUUCUGGAACCCCCACUUUCGCUUCGGCCGCCCCGACCUCCUCGUAAAGAUCAAGAGACUGACCAAGGCCAACAAGGAGAAGCUGGACGCUGGCCUGGAGGUGACCAGCCGCCUGACCGACGACUUGCAGUACAUUACUGGAAGGGGCCUUGCUGCCGUCGCCCACGUCCCUCGGCGAGGUCGGAAGGACCGGACAUUUCCAGUGGCCGAGCUGAUGUCUGGUCAUGUGAUCCCCCUGGAAAAGAGAGACAUAAGCUGGAUAAGCAACAAGACAGAAAGACAAGGGAGGUCAGGAGGAGUUUGUCAGGCUUGGAAAGAAAGAAGCAGGGACAUACCUGCACACUACACUAUGAAGGAGCAGAAACAAAACUCACACCUGGAUGUCUGUAACAGGCAAAUCUUCUUAGUUUAGAGAAAUUGCCAGCAGAGAUAAGAGCAACAUGAAGAAACAUCGUUUAGUGCCAAAGAAGCUGGUAUGUACCCUAAUUGAACUGUCCGAACAGCCUGUUGCUGACCUGUCUGCUGCAGUCCAUUCGUCAUGGGCCGACCUAGAGCAGAGAACAGUGGUUUUGAAUGGUCUCAGUGACAUUUUGGCUCUACUUGAGGUCAGUGACGAAAACGCUACAAGGCUCAAAAAGGUCAAUUCUCACCUUCAACCUGUAAACCGCUUAUAAAUCAUUUAUUAAAUAUAGCUCUUUAAAUAGUUGGA